AUGUCAAUUCUUCGAAUCACCAACAGCCGUGGCCUUUUGGCUCUGCGCCCAGUCAUCGCGCGCACCACAAUCACGUCCCAAGCCCCUCAGGUCUCAUUCAUACAAAGAAACACAUAUGCAUCCCAGGGCUACGGGGACGGCAAAGGAGACCCAGUAGCCUCCAACCCCCAGGAGCAGGGUGCCAAUUCGAAAGCAACACACGAUGCAGAGCACCCAGGUCCUACACCUCCCGCCGCCAAAGGGAAGAAGCCGGAGGAUGCGAGCGCCCAAUCCGGCGGAUCAAGGUCCAAGGAUGCUGUUGAGACAGGAAAGAGCCCUACCGGCGGGAAGAUUGGAGGGAAGGAAUAG